AUGGAUAUGCAUUGCAAGGCUGAUCCCUUCUCGGCUAUGCACCCAGGGCAUGGGGGUGUCAACCAGCUCGGGGGGGGUAUUUGUCAAUGGCAGACCUCUACCUGAUGUGGUGAGGCAGAGGAUAGUAGAGCUGGCCCACCAGGGUGUCAGACCCUGUGACAUCUCCAGGCAGCUGAGGGUCAGCCACGGCUGUGUCAGCAAGAUCCUGGGCAGGUACUAUGAAACGGGCAGCAUUAAACCGGGAGUAAUUGGGGGAUCAAAACCUAAAGUAGCCACCCCAAAAGUGGUAGAUAAAAUCGCAGAGUACAAAAGACAAAACCCCACUAUGUUUGCGUGGGAGAUCCGGGACAGACUGCUGGCAGAAGGGAUCUGUGACAAUGACACUGUGCCCAGCGUGUCUUCUAUAAACAGAAUUAUCCGAACAAAAGUACAGCAGCCAUUUCACCCGACACCAGACGGAUCUGGAACGCCAGUAAGCGCACCAGGGCACACUAUCGUUCCCAGUACAGCAUCUCCACCUGUGUCCAGCGCCUCCAAUGAUCCCGUAGGCUCUUAUUCCAUAAAUGGGAUCCUGGGUAUACCUCGUUCAAAUGGCGAAAAAAGGAAACGCGAUGAAGGCAAUAUGGAUACAAGCCAUCGUGCACACAUGUUGAACAGGGACAGACUUGGAAUACUUAAAAGCAGCCAAGAUGGAUCUGAUGGCUCUGGGCCAAAUGGAGAUUCUCAAAGUAGUGUUGAGAGCUUACGGAAACAUUUACGUGCAGACAACUUUACCCAGCAACAGUUGGAAGCAUUAGAUCGAGUUUUUGAACGCCCGUCUUAUCCUGACGUGUUUCAAACUUCAGAACAUAUUAAAUCGGAACAGGCAAAUGAAUACUCCCUUCCAGCACUAACCCCUGGCUUGGAUGAAGUGAAGUCUAGUUUAUCAGCCUCUGGUAAUGCAGACCUGGGUAGCAAUGUAUCAGGACCUCAGUCCUACCCAGUGGUAACAGGUCGAGACAUGACGAGUACAACCCUUCCUGGCUACCCUCCUCAUGUUCCUCCUACAGGACAAGGCAGCUACCCAACCUCGACCCUUGCUGGAAUGGUCCCUGGCACCAACGUUUCGGUCCACCAUUCGGUCCAGCCUGUGGAGUGCUGCUCAUGUCUGUCCAGCUCUAAGCCUUGUCUGUUUCACUGCAGGACUGGGAGUGGAAGUGAAUUUUCAGGAAAUCCCUACAGUCACCCGCAGUAUACAACAUACAAUGAAGCAUGGAGGUUCAGCAAUCCAGCAUUACUAAGUUCCCCUUAUUAUUAUAGUGCCACAUCCAGGGGCUCCGCACCUCCCACUGCUGCCACUGCCUAUGACCGCCACUAG